CACUCGUUCUCUUUCUCUACUUGCGACAAUUCUUUCCACUGCAAAAUGUCUCUGCGCGACCAACUCUACCCUGGUGACGUUAUUGCCGCCCUGAAGUCGAUCCACGGCCCCAAAGCCAACAUGAUUGACUUUGACAUUGUCAAAGGUACUGAAGCCGUCCAGGGCUUCCUUUCGUGCGUCCUCAGGGUACGGGCCACGUGCGAAGUCGAUGGUGAAGAAAAGGAGGCCAAUUUCGUAGUGAAAAAAUUGCCUCUGUUGGACAUCCAGAAGAAAAUCGUUGAAAAUAUGAAGAUUUUCGACCAGGAGGUGGCUUUUUAUCGCAAAUGCCUACCCCUCAUGAAACGCAGAUUUCCUGAUGUGAAGGUCGUCAACUGCUUCUUUGCACACGAAAGUGGGACAAUAGUGAUGGAAGACUUGGCUCUGCAAGGUUUCGAAAACCUUACGAAAAAUCUCUCCGAGUACAGAGAGCAAGUCAUGACCCUGGCGCAAGCAAAGAUGGUGAUGCGUGAGCUGGCCAAAUUCCACGCUUCUUCGCAGGGUUUUGAUUGGCUCAAGGUGGCGCCGGAAUGUUUUUUAAAGGACAUUCGUCUGGAAAUCGAGGGGACCACCGCUUACCAGAAUAUGGUCGGCGGCAGUUUGCUGAAUAGCAUUGUCCCUAUAAUGGAGUGCAUGUACAAGAAUGACCCGAAGUGCAUAAAAAAAUAUACUGAUUGGCUGAAUGAUCUCGAGGGAAACGUGUGGCCGUUUUUGGUUAAAUUUUAUAAAGCAAAUCCCAGAUACAUCAAUGCAGUGUGUCAUGGCGAUUUUUGGGCGAACAACUUCAUGCUUCGCUCAGACCCCAAAACGCAAGCCCCCCUCGACCUGCGACUCCUCGACUUCCAAGUAAUGCGCUACGCCCCCGUGUACUUUGACCUGCAACUCCUUUUCUACAUCAGCACCAAAGGCCACUUCCGCAGCGUCCACGAAGAGUCUCUUUUGCGAACGUAUUUCGACGCUUUCAACACGUUCAACAAUGUCACUCCCGACGCGACCAAUUUUGAGCAGUUUAUGACCGGAUACGACGAAACUAGAAUGUCCGGCCUGCUGGUCGGGAUGGCCAUGUGUCCCAUCGCGGUGGCGUUCGUUGAGGACACGGCGCCACCCGACGACGGCGAACUUUCCGAGGAACACGUGCUCAAGCUGCUGGGUAGCGAGGAAAACGUGGCGGAAAAGCGUGCGAGGUCGAUCAAGGCCUUUAGGGAGGACGAAUUGUUCAGCCGCGAAAUGAAGGUCAUGAUUGGGGAAUUGAUUAGAGAAAUGGAUAAAAACUUGUUCUAAAUGCAAUGACAAAGAUGCUACUCAACGCUUAUUGGAAGAAGUAAAUUUAAAUUUGGAAUUAAGAAUUAAAUAAAAUAUCUUAUUAUGCAACUUAAAAUUACUUUUAA